CCUCUCUCUCUCUUCCCCUUUUCCUCCUUCUCUACCUUCUUAUUAUUCCCUUCUCUCUCUUUCACAGCUCUCAUCUCCUUCGUUGUUUCUGCCUCUAAAUCCCCGAGCGAGUUGCCGGCGAGGGGAAUCUCGCCGGAAAUUCGCUUUUCUACCUUCCAUCUCUUCUUCUCCUUCUUCUUGGUUUUUGUGAAAUUUAAGGGGAGAGGUCUUUUAUUCUGCUGGUUGCGAUUUAUAUUGACAAAGCAACAAAAAGGAGGAGAAAAUUGCAGAAAAAGAAGAUACAAAGAAAGAAAAAUAAAAAAAGAAACCAAAUUAUUCUGUUUUUGCCUCUCUUUCUUCUUUCUUCUUGCUGUCUUCCUUUCUCUUUCUCUCUCACCUCCGGCCAGCAAGUUUUUAUUUAUUUUUCGAGAGGCGACCAGCUAGCUAGCUUGCAAUGCAGGGGGAAAAGAGGAUCCCUUGAUGCGUCUUUCUUCCCCCUCAUUGUUGCUUUAAAAGUUUGCUGUUCCCUUUCUCAUCCCUCCUCCCAUCUCUCUCUCUCUCUCCUCUUGUUCGGCUACCUGCUUUCCCCAAUUAGCUGCUGCUCUAUUUUUGCCUGAACCUUGGUGCCCGGUAUUUGAAGAUGCUGCUAUCGUGGUAAUUCUCAGCUGAAGAAGAAGAAGGUGCGUUCUUUCUUCUAGCCUAGCGGCUUACUUGUCGGGGGCGUUCGAAUUUUGGCUUUUUGGGUUGGAGGUUUUUUUUUGAAUCUACUUCUGGGUUUGGGUUUGAGAUCAGGUUUGACUGAAUGUACUUCCAUGAUCUGGUAGCCCCCCCGCUGCUGGCAGAUUUUAAAUCCGGUGAAUUUUGCGGUUUCUGGGUGUUUCAGAUUCUUGAAGCUUCAGCUUUGGGUUUUGGAAAAUCGCGUAUUUGGAAUAAAAAAGAAAAGGAGAGAUAAAAGGGUGAACUGAAUUUAAAGCUGAAGCGCUCUGCUUUUUCUUUUGCCCAUCCCGUUCCUCAUGGCGUUGCUUUGCCUGGCAUCUCUUAAUUUUUGCAAACUGAAAAUUCAGCUAAAUCAAUUGGGCCACUAAAGAGAAGAGUUCCGCCCUCUGCCCCUGCCUGGUUUGAUGUUUCUGUUUUUUUUUUUUUGUUUGUUCCCUUCAAUUAUUUCAAAACGUUGGGGUUCCGGUUUCCCUGUCCGAUUUUCAGAAAAACAAUUUUUCUUGGCGUCCCCCAAACGGUGCUUUACUGUUUGGUUGUCGUUAGGUAAAGAAAAACAAACCCCUUGUGGCUUUAGUUUUCAUGAAUCCAUCAGGAUGAAAUUGUGGAAAACCCCAAAGAACAGAACUGUGGAAAGUGUUUCUCAAGUUAUAGGGGGAAAAAAAAAUGAAAGUCCUCUGGGUUUGCUUCCCUGACCCUCAAAAGAUUGCAGAGUUUUCCAUGGAAUUAUUCGUUGGUUUUUCCGUGCGCUGCAAUUUAGUAACUGCUGUACGUUACCCAUUUCUUGAAGUUAUGUCUUGAUCUGUUUACUGUAUUAUUAUUAUGAUUAAUUUUUUCGCUGAAGUGGAUACCCUCCUUCCCUCCUUUCUGUCAUCGUGUUUGUUUGAGUUGUGUGGGUGAUGGGUGUUUGAUCAUUUCAUUGCUGACUCCUUUGAGGAAUAAAGGGGAAUGAACCUACUGGACAAACUAUUAAUCCCGAAUGAUUUUGUUGUGUUGCAGUUUUGAAGAGCUUCUGAUAUCCUGUAUAUUACUUAUAGAGAAAAGCUGCACCGUUUGAGAUCAUGGAUCAAAGGGGCGGUACUGCUUCCUCGCAUUUCUUUGAAGAUAUUCGUCUUCCCGCCGAGAGACAAGUUGGGUUUUGGAAGCCAUAUGCAAUGAUAGAUCAUCAAGGUGCAAAUGGAACUGUACCAAUGCCUAGCAACAAGUUUGUUGCUUCAUCGCCCUUUGAAACCCUUUCUCCAUCCAGUGCACUGUCACUGGAGGUGCCCCGGUCAAUCAUGACAAGGGGUAGCUAUGAAAAGCUGCGCAAUGGUGAAGGAAGUGCCAAUGUUCCCAAGAGUGCAUGGAACUCGGUGGAUCACCAGCCAAACUCAUGGUCAAGUUUGUCUGCUCAGCCUGCAGCUCAUAGUUUGGGCAGAAAUGGGGCCAGUAUCACUGGAACGGAGUGGGAAAGCAGUCUAUUCUCAAGCUCGUUUUCUGAAGUAUUCAAUAGAAAAAUGAGAUUGAUGGGGAAUGAUGUUCAAUCCCAUGAACCUGCAAAAACCACUAUUUCUGCUCUCGAGGAGGAAGAGCCCUUUGAAUCUAUUGAAGAAAUUGAGGCCCAGACUAUAGGGAAUCUUCUUCCUGCUGAAGAUGAUCUAUUUUCUGGGGUCACUAAUGAGUUGGGCCGUACUGUUAAUACCGCUGCUGGAGAUGAUUUAGAGGAUUUUGAUCUUUUUAGCAGUGGCGGAGGAUUGGAAUUAGAAGGGGAUGAGCAAAUGCUUGCAGGGCGAAGAAAUCUUGAUCUGUUUGGAUUUUCCAGUGGUUCUAUCACUGGUAAACACCCCUUUGGCGAACUGCCUUCCAGAACACUGUUUGUGAGAAAUAUCAACAGUAAUGUGGAAGAUUCUGAGCUGAAAACUCUUUUUGAGCAAUACGGGGAGAUCCGAACCCUGUAUACAGCUUGCAAACAUCGCGGUUUUGUCAUGAUCUCCUAUUAUGAUAUAAGGGCUGCUCAAAGGGCAAUGCAAUCACUUCAGGACAAGCCUCUGAGACGCAGGAAGCUUGAUAUUCACUUUUCAAUUCCCAAGGAGAAUCCUUCAGAGAAAGAUGUCAACCAAGGCACCCUAACGGUCCUCAACCUUGAUUCUGCUGUUUCUACGGAUGAGCUUCAUCAGAUAUUUGCUGCUUAUGGAGAAAUCAAAGAGAUUCGUGACACCCCAAAUAAGCAGAAUCAUGUACUCAUAGAGUACUAUGAUGUCAGAGCAGCAGAAGCAGCCCUUAAUGCAUUGAAUAGAACCGACAUUGCCGGCAAGCGGAUUAAGCUUGAACCUAGCCGAAUGGUUGCUGCGAGAAGGUCGGUGCAAAGGCCAGACCAGGAUCAGGAUGAAUCAAAUUUUGGUAGUCAAUUAGAUGACUUGUCAUCUAUGAGAAUGGCAUUUUCCCCUGGAGUUAUUGCAUCCACUGGCAUGGAUAGUGGUUCAUCCCAUGUUCUGCAUGGUGCACAUUCCCCUGUGGGGGCAUUUAUUGAGCCUCAUCGAAGUUCUAGUGUUCCGAAUCCUUUACAUUCUCCAGCGACAGCAACAUCAGUGGGCAAGCAGUUUAGUCAUCCUGAACAGAAACAUUCCAUUCAGGAGAUUAGGUUUGGUAACCAGAGCAUGCCCACUUUCCAUCCUCAUUCCCUUCCAGAAUAUCAUGAUGGUUUGUCCAAUGGAAUUCCAUACAACUCCACAAACGCCCUAGGAGGCAUGGCUGGCAGUGUUGGUUCGAAACUGAUGGAGGGAAUCAAUGGUAGACAUGUUCGAGGGGUAGGUUCUAAUAUGCGCAUGAUGGAACUUGCUGGACGUGGUUCCUUGGGCUUUGGAUCUCCUGGAAACGGAAGCACUCUUCCCGGACACUAUGUGUGGAAUAAUUCUACCUCGGUCCAUCAUCAACAGCCGUCAAAUCAUGUGAUGUGGCCCAAUUCUGCAUCCUUUGUCAAUGGUGCUCCUGCUCACCCACUGUCUCAUCUGCCUGGGUAUCCUAGGGCACCUCCAGUCAUGCUAAACACAGGAGGGCCUGGAUCCCACCAUGUCGGGUCUGCUCCAGCUGUUAACCCUUCCUUGUGGGAACGUCAGCAUGCUUACUCAGGGGAGUCUCCCGACACUUCCAGUUUCCAUAUGGGGUCACUUGGUAGCAGCAUGGGAUUCCCGAGUAGCUCUCCACCACACCCUAUGGAAAUGGCGGCUUCACGCAAUAUGUACUCUCAUGUUAAUGGGAAUUGUGUUGACAUAACCAAAACUGCUGGCAUUCGCUCAUCACCCCAGCAGCAAAUGUGCCAUCUGUUCCCUGGGAGAAAUCCAAUGGUUUCCAUGCCCUCAUCUUUUGAUUCUUCAAAUAAUGACCGUGUCAGGAAUCUGUCGCACCGUCGAAUGGAAUCCAACUCCAAUCAGUCGGAUAAGAAGCAAUAUGAACUUGAUGUGGAGCGCAUCAUGCGCGGUGAAGAUAAACGAACCACAUUGAUGAUUAAAAACAUUCCAAACAAGUAUACUUCAAAGAUGCUUCUUGCUGCAAUUGACGAGCACUGCCGCGGUUCUUAUGAUUUUCUCUAUCUGCCAAUUGACUUCAAGAAUAAGUGCAACGUUGGUUAUGCGUUCAUCAAUAUGACUGAUCCUCUUCAGAUCACUCCGUUCCACAAGGCAUUCAAUGGGAAGAAGUGGGAGAAGUUCAACAGUGAAAAGGUGGCAUCUCUGGCAUAUGCUCGUAUCCAAGGAAAGGCUGCUCUGAUCGCCCAUUUCCAGAACUCGAGCUUGAUGAAUGAGGAUAAACGCUGUCGCCCGAUACUGUUCCACACUGAUGGCCCAAAUGCUGGUGACCCUGAGCCUUUCCCCAUGGGUACUAACAUUAGGUCGAGGAUGGGGAGGCCAAGAACCAGCGGGCAUGAUGAGAACCACCACCACCACCACCACCGCCAUGGGAGCCCUUCAGCAGCAAAUGGAGAGGAUGCUUCGAAUGGAACGGACACAUCCUCCAAUUCUGACUGAGUUUUUGGCCUGGCUCUCAUGGCAACUCCUCUAACUCUUUAAUGGAAAGCAGCAGUUGCAUGAACAAGGUCCCAUCUCAAUUCUGUACACUAGAGGUGGUUGCCCCCCCCUGACAACUAUUUUUGGCUUCAACAGUGACGGCCGGUAUUUUCCCGUUCCAUCGAAGUUCUGUGGAGGUCCCUCUUUUUCCCCCCCUCCUCUUUUUGUUGUUUCUUCCUGGGGCUUCAUCCUGUAACCUACCUUUUGAGUAUCUUUAUGUAAUAUGCCUUUUGAGCCCCCGCAAAGAUAUAGAAGAGAGAGCAACAGGGCUUUUAACCUCCAUGAAAAAGACUCAAAAUUUUGGAGUUGUCGGCAAAGACAAAGUGUGAUUAUCGUCAUCGUCGUUGUCUUUAUGGACAGAAGUUCCUUGAUGCAGAGGCAUGCCUGCAUGACUCAAGAAGAAGGUUCUUCGUUAGUUUUUUCCCCUCUGUCAACUCCUGCUUUUAGUUUUGUUGUUUGUUCGGUACCUUCUUUCUUUCUGAUGUAAGUUAAAUGUAUCUUUGUUUCUUUUCCCUGUUUUCUUGUGGUUCUUGUUUUUUUGCUUAUUGGGUGUGGGAGGUCUGUGGAAAGAAAGAGGGAGGGAAGGAAAGGGAAGAGAGAGAGGAACAGUGGGUCAUAUGACAUUUCCCUCCCUCAUUGUAGAAUGUAUUUUUGAAGUGCCAUCAUCAUUAUUAACCGUAUAUAUAGCAUGAUGUUACUAAUAUAAAAUUGUGGGUGUU